CAGUCUUAAAAGGCGGGGCGGCCUCGGUCCAGGAAGGUGAAGGGACCGUCGCGUGCGAGCGACCCCAACAGACCCGUCUUCUCAAGCGCACACAGUACACGAGGGAGGAGUGAGAAAAGAGCAGCUGUCGGAUGACCCUCUCCGCCGCCGCCGUCGUCUUGCUCGUCUCGUCGGCCCGCGCCGCAGCCCAGCCCAGCCCCAGCAGCACUGACGCGUCGCUUGAGCUCGACUGCGACGAGCAGGCAGACGUUUGUGACCUCAUACGACAAAUAUACGACAAAACCGUCGUCCUGGAGAACGAGCUGCUCGACUUCUGGCUUCGCUACGGGCCGGACGAGGAGAAGGGCGGCUUCUAUGGCGAGAUAGACGAGAAUGGUGUGGGCAAUGAGGAGAGUCCCAAGUUUUUGCAGCAGCAGACGCGUCAUCUGUGGAGGUACGUAGGCGUGCAGACCUCCCCUCUCCAUAAGCAUCUCUCCUUUGCUUGCAGCCUCUCGGCCACGUACACUAUGAGGGCGGAGAGGCGCGAGGAGGUGGCGAAUGUGACCUUGCAGCUGAUGCAGUUCAUCUACGACAGCUUCUGGGACGACGAUGCCAACUUCUUCAGCUACAAGGUGCACCUGUUCGCUGGUUUGGCGAACACACACUUCUCUGCUGUGUGUCAACGCGUCUGCAGGUGUCCGCAGAUGGGGAAAGGGUCCUCGACGCAUCCGAGAAGGUCUACAGUAACGCCUUCGCGAUUUAUGGCUUCUCAGCCUUCGCCAUGGCGUUCGCAAACCGAUUCCCUGACCACGCAAAGGAUGCCAGGAAACGCUCCAUGCAGGUGUACCGCACCCUGCGGAGCCGAUUUGUCGACGAGGCGAAUGGCGGCUAUAUCGACACGCUGAGUCCUGGCUACAAGGGGCAUAACACAUUGCUCCACCUUUUGGAGGCGUUCACGAGCUUGUAUCUCCUGACCGGAGACGAAGACGUUCUGGAUUCGCUGGAUGAGCUCUUCGCCAUCCACUUGGACCAUGUCAUUGUGGGCGACUACUGUGGGCGCCCACACAUGCACACACACACACACACACACGACAUCAUCCCCAAGCUCCGAGUCGGAUGUGAUGUGAUGUGAUGUGACGUGUGUUGUCUUCGCAGGUCUCGACCUCAUGAACAUGGACUGGACUCCCGCUGACAACAGAGAUGCCAGCUAUGGGCAUGGCAUCGAGACCGUCUGGCUGCUUCUCGACAGCGCGCGGGCCGUCAACCGAACCUAUAGCGGCCUCGUCGAAGCACUCACACAAGUCGGGGAGCACCACAGUCGCGAGGGCUACGAUGCAGAGAGAGGCGGUUUCUACACGUCGUUUCAGAUCGCCAGCCCCACGCAGAAAGACACCUCAAAGGUCUGGUGGGUGCAGGCCGAGGCUCUGCUGGGCAUUUGGGCUAUGUAUGAGGAGACGGGAGACAUCGAGUACCUCAGGCGGCUGCUCGGCAUGGUCGAGUGGAUUGAGACCUAUCAAAGAGUGGACAAGCCGGGUCUGCACGAGUGGUGGGUAGCGACAGGCGAGACGGGCAGCCCCCCCGGUUUCAAGACUCUGUCGUUCGAGUGGAAAAGCAGCUACCACACGGUGAGGGCUCUGCUGUUCCUCAACGCCUGGAUCAGCAAGUCGGGGGUGGUCGGGCCGACUACGACAUGAAUGAAAUACGGAGUGCAAAGUGCCUGCGGAUGCCCAUGUGUCCAUGGUGGGUCGAUCGCCAACCGUCGAGGAAUGGCAGGAAGAGGAAUCGCUUUGAAUUAGCGCCGGUCACUGCGCUGCUCUCGGUGCUCUUUGCCGCUGCCGCAUCAUGGUGAUGUUUGUACAAGGACAACGAAAGAGUGAGUGCUUAAAGAAACAAUGGGGACUCACCGAAGGGGUCAAGAGCAGUGCUCAUUGAUCCAUCGAUGUCUUAUACCGGCCCGCCCACCGGCCGACGUGCCAGAGCACAUGUGUUGGGUGUGUUGCAUAUUGUCUGGGGCCUUUUUGCGUUCUGCUACGUCCGUCUCUCUGCUCGCAUACACCUACAUGUGAAUGUGAAUGUGUGUGUGUGUGGUGUGUGUGUGUGUGUGUGUAUGUGUGUGUGUUGGGUGGUUGGUGGACAUUCGGGACGUGCUGAACGUGUGUAUGACGAGUAAUGCUGUACGCGCA